AUCUGAUGGCUUCCCCACAGCGGUACUGCUUAUUGGCCUGAUUCUGCCUGAUUCCGGCGCUGAGUCAACCAACACUAGACACAGCUUGCCGCAACGACAUCGAUGUCUGACAAGCCAACGUACAUCUACAAACUCGUACCGUCGACGGCGGCGCCACCAGACCCGUUGCCGGAGGUACUGCCUCUGAGCGAGCUCGAUGCCAAAUCGGGCUUCAUCCACUUUUCGACGGCGCCACAGGUGCUGAACACGCUCAAGUGGUUUUUCAAGGACGACUCGGAGGUCUACGUCCUCAGGGUCAACUACGACAAUGUCGAGAAAGACAUAAGGUGGGAAGACCCGAAGGCAGAGGUGUGCGGGCCUCGCGGAGGAGAGGGCAUGUUCCCGCACUUGUACAACGGUCCAAAGCUAGGAAAGCAGGAGGUUGAGAGCGUCAGGAUUUUGGAGAAGUCGGAGGCUGGUUGGGAUGAACCGGUCAGGAAGGCCGAGCAGGAAGGCUGGCUUGUCUAUUGAUCUGCCGUCGGAUGGGCAAUAGCACUGCACAGCGUAUUUGAGCGAAGGGUACAACUUUAUCAAUCACUCCUGGAUUCUCGUACGCGGCGUCGGUGUAAUCUUCAGACAGAGUUUUGUCCUCGACUCGGUAAUGUCUCGCAAGACUGGCAGCAACUAUAAUUCUACGCAUUGAACGCGUGAUACAAUGUUUAAAGUGGCGG